AUGGCAGUGAACAUAUCGACUCUUUCAAACAACUUGCCUCGAGUUGGACGUCUGAGUGAAGAUUCGUCAGGUCGUGGUGAAGGAUAUGUCCCCAUUGCUCCCCCUGCUGCAAAAGAUGGUAGUUUCUGGCUAUGGUAUACAGUGAACAUGACGCUUGCCACUGUAUGUCUGGUGCUGAACGCUUUACUAAGCACAGCUAUGAUUGUUGGAAGAGAGAAAACCUUCAAAAAUUCUUUCUACACAAUCAUCAGCCUGUUCGCUGUAACUAUGGUUGUGAGCAAUAUAUGCGAAAUUGUGUGUGGAAUCGUGGUCGAAGGAAUCAAUAUGGAUGCACCUGGACUUAACAAAGCUUCGCUUUUGCUUGAUCUGAUAAUUUCUUACUUCUCCACCAUACUUAUGUUCUUCUUGGGACUGAAUCGCUUCGCUGUCUUCUCGUCUCCUUCUUUGAAUGAGCGGCUGAUGAACAAAAAAACGCUUCGCUACGCUCUCAGCUUAUCUCUUCUUCUAUCUGUGGCAGUUAGUGUUGUGAUAUUUCAACUGAGCAGCUGUAAACGAGUUUACGAAUCAAAUGUCAUGGUUAACUAUAUCACCAAUCCCAUAUAUAUGCAGGUCUCCAACUAUGUAUUCUACGCGAUCCCACUCAUCUCUUCAGUAUUCUAUCUGGCAGUGUUCAACUCACUACGUCAUCAAAGGGCGGAUGCAGUCAGUGAGAAGACAAAAAUGCUUCUGGACAAAGCCGAAAGAUGCAGUCUCAAGCAGGGGACUUGGAUACUUACUGGAUAUCUCGUACGUCUCCUAGUAAUGUCUCGAACAGUUGUUCCACUUCAAUUGAAUGCUCUUUAG